UAUUGACAAGUUCGAUUAUAAAAACUUAAAGAAAUGUCUUACACAACUUUGUUGAUUGUACUUGUCGGAGUAAUUUGCUGUACAUUUGUUUGGUCUUCCCCGGUAACUGAUAAGGCACCUCGAUUCCAAUUUGAUGACUUAGAGGCUGCAGCUUUGAUUCGGGAGAGACGUGCUUUGCCUAAUCCAGUAACAGAUAAGGCUCCUCGGUUUCAAUUUGAUGGUCAAUUUGAUGAUGCCUUGGAAGAAGCAGCUCCAAUUCGACACAAACGUGCAACUUGCGACCUUUUGAGUGGUUUUGGUGUUAAUGAUUCAGCUUGUGCUAUUCAUUGUAUCGCUUUGGGAAAACGUGGUGGAUGGUGUGAUUCCCGAAGAGUUUGUAAUUGCCGCUAAAAAAUUGCUAUCUUUGAAGAAACAAAAAAUUGUUUUCAAAUAAUAAACCUAGUUUUGCUUUAAAGACUUUAAAAAUUGUCAUUUAUUUUUCUGAACUUUUUCUUACAUUCAACUUAGAAUUUUGUAUGAAAAAAAGAAAUUGUUGUUUUAAAAUUCAAUCUGAAAA